AUGGCGAAGACCGAUGCCACCGCUGCGUCCAGCUCGACGUGGAGUGCAUCCGGCCUGUCUUUGUCCCGGGUCGCCAGAAAGGCAUUAAGAAGCAAGUCUAAACGCGUGGGACUGGACAAGGCGCUCUUUCAAAUUGACGAAGCAGUCAAGAGAGCGCGUUCUGGCUCGCAGACGAAUAAUGACGACCAGCGCGUCUUGGCACAUUUACAACAGCUGCUGGGCCAAUUGACAGAUGGCGAUGAUACCAGCUCAGCCCAUGUACCGCUCGGUCCUGGCUCUGCCUCAUCGUCUAGAAUAGAGCACGACUCCGCGAUGGACCGCAUGACUGAAGAAGGCGAUCACUCCGAUGAAGAGGAUGCCGGCAACGCGGUAGGCGUCCCCGAAAUCAUCCAGCAGACAGAAGACAGUCUCGCCAUUGAUGGUGCAGAAAAUCCAUUGCAGCUGCUAGCCCGUGCUUCGUACAAUAUCCAACCGUCACCCGACUCUCGCCACGGGAAGUCUCCUCAGUCCGUGCUGGCCUCCGUAUCCUCCAAAGAUCAACAGCAGACAGAGGAUGAGCUUCAAGCGUUUUUCGCCCCUGCUCGUGCAAAGCUCGACAUAGGAGGAGACUAUGACCCGAUCUCCCUUGGACUUGUCAGUGAAGAAGAAGCCCAGAUGUUAUUCAAUUACUUCCACGAGAAUCUUGCGCACACGAGAUGGGGAUUCGACCCAAGGCUUUAUACUGCCGAGUUUGCUCGGUCCCGCUCCACAUUCCUCUUUACGUCCGUCAUGGCCGCCUCGGCUCUCUUCAUACCCUCCGGCGAAGGUCUCUCACGACGCCUCUCCAAUCACAGAAACAAGCUCGCCCACAGGGUGAUUGAGUGCCGAUUCAAAUCAGUAGAAAUCGUCCUAGCGUUUCUAGUCAACAUUCCGUGGAUGUUCCCGGGCAAGCAAAGCACCGACGAUGAAACGUGCACGUACAUGUCCUUGGCCACCACGAUUGCGACCGACUUGUCACUUCAUAAAAAGGUGGUGUCGCCGGAAAUGUUUGACCCUAUCAUAGAUGCGGGAGUUGCGCGUGCCGACUGCCUUGACCCCCGUUCGGCACUGGUCAUCGACGGCUACCCGAACGUGAAUCCAAGGUCGGAGAGAGGGCGUCUGCUCCUUCGUAGUCGGGAAAGGUGUUGGAUUGCGCUUUUCGUUCUCGAGAGAGGAAUGUCGUUGGCGCGCGGACGCCCCUUUUCAGUGCCCAUCACGAGAUCACUCAAAGACUGUGACAACUGGCACAGGUCAGAGCUGCGUGAUCCCCAAGAUGGACCUUUGGUAUCUAUGGCGGUCCUAAGGAGAGACUUGGACGGCUUGUUCUCCGCGGUUCGUGCUCUAUGCGAUAGCUCGCGCAACCCUACAAGCAAUGGCGCAUUGGUUGCUCAAUCAAUCGAAGGCGCCAUUGAGAGAUUCUUUGAUCAAUGGUUCACAGAAUGGGGGACCUCGAUCGGCAGGGGACCAGAUCGCCGUCUCCCCCCAUAUGUUGAGAUUCUCGUCGUUCAUACCCGUCUAUCCAUUUAUGGCGGUGUAAUUAACCACCCUACCGCUCACUUGGAGGUGAGGAGCUUCUUCCGUACCGCCGGACUCAGCUCCGCGCUCAACGUGAUGCGUGUCGCCAUACAAGGCGAAUCGCAGCUGCGAUCUAUGCCCAACAACACGGCCAUCAUGAUUUCAUUCGCGGCUUGCUUCGCCCUUAUGCUUAGUUCGCAUGCCAGCGGCGGCUCGGCCCUCGCACCGAGCAUCCGGAAUUUGAUCGAGGAAGCGGCCAGUGUCCUCAUCAGGACCGGACGUGUGACCAACCACCGAAAUGGACUAUCCGUAUUGCACGGAAAAUAUCUCCAGCAACUCUCAAGAAGAGCAGCUCCCGCUGGAAACAAUAACAUCGCUCAUAUGGAUAACAUUGCUACAUCGUUGUCCUCCACGGCCACACAUCUGCAGGACCCCAUGGCCUUGCAGGCUCAAGGUAACGAUAUGCUGGGCGACCAGUCCUUGUGGUCAGAAACUUUCCAGUUCUCGGCUAUGUCGAAUGAUGAGAUCCAGCAGGUGCUGAACCAACCUGGAAAUGACUUGGACCCGACGUUUGGCGGGUUGUCGUGGGAGGACAUGUCGAAUUUCCAAUGGUUAUUCUGGCCCGAGGUUGGGAUAUGA